AUGAGCUAGACGUCAUUGACGUGCGCCCUGUGUUUACAGACUAGUCGUCAGAGAUUCUGCACGACAAUAAAUGCGCGAAUGCCAUCGUAUAUUUAAAAACGAGUACACACAGAGGAAAAAAAUAAUUGAAUAGGACAGUUACUGGAGGGCACAUCUGUAUUUAUUCGGCCGAUUUUGUGCAGUGCUUCGUGGAUAUUGUCCAAAUGCUGACGUGAAUGGAGGAUGUGAAUCCAAGAGUUGUCAGAGGUGCAAAUCAUCUGGAAAACCGUUAUUUUUAAUGAUUGACAUGGCAGGUGAGAGUAGUGUUUUAAUGUAAGUAGCCAAACAUGAAUAAAGAAGAAGAUCUAGAGACGCUUGGUGAGCAACUGUACAGUCUGAUCUACCCCAACCAGAAGGAGAACGCUGGGAAACUCACAGGGAUGUUACUGGAGCUGCCAGGUCCUGUCGUAAGGCAGAUGCUGCACGAUGAGGCCAUGUUGGCUGCAGCUGUGGAGAAAGCCCUCAGAGCCGUGCAGCUUCCACAGGAGCCCAGCAAGGCAACAUGUAAGGACGAGGAUGAUGCGUCCAUCUCCUCUGACUCUUUGGGGGACCAGCUGUUUGGGCUGGUGGAUGUUUACAACACUGGUCACUCACAGAAAAUCACAGGAAUGCUUCUGGAGCAGCACAAAGAUGCCGUCUUAAACCUUCUGUCAAACCCCAGACUGCUGGAGGAGCAGGUGAACCUCGCCCUGAAGACUCUAAAAGACGAGAACGUGGAGGAGACGGAUAUCAGCGACUCGUCGGAUGCUGACGACACAGAGAAGCUGGGAGAGAAGCUCUUCUCGCUAGUGAAGGAAAUGGAUCCACUUCGUGCAAAUGAUAUUACAGGCAUGCUGCUGGAGAUGGACCCGGCUGUGCUCCAACAGCUGCUCUGUGACCAAUCAAUGCUGGAGGUCGCUGUUCAAAAAGCGCAAGCGGCACUGGACUCAUAGAGAUUUUACUGCUUCAACGGAGGAGGACAACAAUCCUUCACACACAGAACACUAAUAAAUUAAUGACUUUGACGGACCCUCUUCUCAGAGUUGAAACCCCAGGAGACCUUUAUGAUACUAAGUUUCAUUAUCAACAUUCUUUGUUUAAUACGGACUGUGGGGUGGUCAGCAGAGAGAAUUACUACUGCUAAAUUUGACUGAACAUUGUCUAAUAAAUCACAUUUAUCCAAAAGUGUUGAGCCAAGUAGGAGCGAACAAAAGAAGAUUUACUUGUAAGGCUCAAAAAUGCUCAAAUCUAAAUGUUGCCAACAAUUGCUUUAGAGUACGAGAACCUCUUUAUGCUCUGUUGUCUACGCAACGAUGAAUUUGACCAAAUCCAUGUUCAGCUACCACUCUGAUGACCACUCUGGCAACACUGAGUGUCAUGAGAACGAGCGCUGGUCAAUGUUGUUUACUUGUCUGGUCAUAAUGUUGUGGCUGAUUAAUGUGUAGGCCAUCCCAUAACUGAGUCCUUGUACUGUGUGCUGCCAAAAAUCAGUUGUCGUUGGUUAAAAUUUGAAAACUAAAAUUAGAACUUAAGUAAAUUUACGUGAAUGUGACAUGUGAGUGAUGUAGACUGGUGCUAGCGUUAAGCUAACUGAUAGCAUAUGGUAACUUCAUAGAUUUAUUAGUGGUGCAUUCAACACUUUACUAAAAAUCUACACCAAUUCUCACUUGCCUCGAAUCAUGUUCAACUUUUCUUACAUGUGGAAUAACGGCCCAUCUCAUAUGCAAAUUUAAGAUUAAAACUGGUAUCUCUGUGCAGCACUGGAUCAGAUUUUUGUAUUUGCAUCCUAUUUGCCAACUUCCUUUUAGAUCUGUGCAACUCUGUUAAAGCCUUUAGUGUCAUCGACUCUUGCAGAAGAAUGUCACAGGCCCAGAAUUUGACAGAAGCCUUUAAAUAUCAUAAAUGAAACCAAUAGACACCUCCUUCAAAGUGCUACAGAGCGCAAAAAAUACCUUUAUUACCAUUUGUUUCUACCUUUUGAACUUGCGGUUUCAUGUCAAGAAUUUUACAGGAGGAAUUCUAAAACAUUGUGGGGGAGAACAUCUCUUCAACAAAAGGAGACCUUUU